AUGAUGGUAUUACUACUGAUUCCACGAACAUUGCAUUUCAGGAGCAACCAAUUUCUGGAAAUUCACCACAUUCACUACAUCGCAUACAGCAUUGCAUAUAACAUUGCAUUUGCAUAUAAUUUCGCAUCCACAUUUGCAUUCGCAUACAACAUGGCAUACAGCAUCGCAUUCGCAUUUGCAUACGACUUUGGACACAACAUCGCAUAUCGCUUUGGAUACCACUUUGGAUACAACACCGCACACCACUUUGGAUACAACAUUGCAUACAACAUCGCAGAUCACUUUGGACACAACAUCACAAACAACAUCGCAUACACAUCGCAUAUCACUUUGGAUACCACAUCGCAUUCGCAUACAACUUUGGACACGACAUCGCAUACAUCAUUGCGUUCACAUACAACUUUGGACACACAUUGCAUAUACCAUUGCAUUCGCAUACAACUUUGGACACACAUCGGAUACACCAUUGCAUACAAAUCGCGAAUCACUUUGCAUACCACUUUGCAAUUGCAUACCACUUUGCGUACCACUUUGCAUACCACUUUGCAUACAGCACCGCAUACAGCACCGCACAU